AUUGCGGUGCAUGCUCACAGGUCUCUCGAACUUUUACUUCUUGUAGAUUGUGAUCAGAACCACUUUAGCUCAAUAUUUAGGAGUCAAAAUGGCAAAAUUCGAUCUGACAUCGCGUAUAGGUCAAUAUCUCGAUCGACACUUAGUGUUUCCUCUUUUGGAAUUUUUAUCUGCUAAACAGAUUUAUGACGAGGAUGAGCUACUUCAAGUUAAACUUGAUAUUCUUAGCAAAACAAACAUGCUUGAUUAUACUAUUGACAUCAGGCAACAACUUUAUCCUCACUUGGAAAUAUCAGACGAGUUAAAAGCUCAUCGUGCAGAUGUACUUCAGGAGCUUGGUAUUUUGCAAGAUAAUGUAUCAGUUGUUGUUGCUCUUAUGAAUAAUGAAGAAAUCAUGAAGAAAAUGGAAAAUAUGCGAGAUUCUAAAGCACUGAACAAUUACCUUACUCAGGAGUCUCCAUUCAGAGUGGAAAUGAUGGAUAGCUUUGUGAAGUUAGCAAAGUAUCGGUACGAAUGUGGCAAUUACUCUGUUUCUACAUCAUAUUUAUAUUUCUAUAUGCUUAUAAUGCCACCAACAGAUAAGAAUUAUUUAAAUGUACUUUGGGGUAAAUUGGCAUCAGAAAUCUUGGUGCAAAACUGGGAAACUGCAUUAGAAGAUGUAAACAAGUUGAGGGAAUAUAUUGACAGUAAUGUUAUAGGAAACUCUCUUCAAAUACUACAACAAAGAACAUGGCUUAUUCAUUGGAGUUUAUUUGUAUUUUUCAAUCAUGUAAAAGGCAGAGAUUUAAUUAUAGAAAUGUUCCUUUAUCGACCACAUUAUCUAAAUGCUAUUCAAACAAUGUGCCCUCACAUAUUACGUUAUUUGGCUGCAGCUGUUAUUGUGAAUCGCUCUAGGCGAUCUAUAUUAAAAGACCUGGUAAAAGUAAUACAACAGGAAUCUUAUACGUAUCGUGAUCCUAUCACCGAGUUUCUAGAACAUUUGUAUGUUAAUUUUGAUUUCGAUGGGGCAAGACAAAAAUUGCAGGAGUGUCAAACAGUUGUAUUUAACGACUUUUUCCUGAUUGCACUAUUAAGUGAAUUUGUAGAGAAUGCUCGUUUAAUGAUCUUUGAGACAUUCUGUCGAAUUCAUCAAUGUAUCAGUAUUGGAAUGCUUGCAGAAAAACUUAAUAUGAAAGCAGAUGUAGCUGAAUGCUGGAUUGUCAAUUUAAUACGUAAUGCACGAUUGGAUGCGAAAAUAGACAGUAAAUUAGGGCAUGUUGUAAUGGGUGGACAACCUGCAUCACCCUACCAACAACUAGUGGAAAAAAUCGAAACGCUGAGUGUCCGAAGUGAAGCGUUAGAAAACGUAAUUGAACGUAAAUUGAAAACUAAAAAUCAGGAUCCAGUAAGUAUAGUGUGGAACUAAGUAAGUAUCAAACUUCUUGGCAUAUGGACUUGUGACAUCGUGACAUGGUGUACAGGGAUUCGGCCAAAAAGGGCACUUAAUUCAAUUCGACUCGUAAGCAGAACAUCGACAUGGAAGUAAUUCAGUUUUAUGUAUCGAACGAGAAAUCCAUGAUACAUGGUGAAACGAAUAUAUUUUUAUUCACACAUUCUUGCAAAAAGUAAAAUGACUUGAAUAAGCAUAUAUUCGCAUGAAUUUUGUAUGGAUAUACAUGUGUAUAUAUAUAUAUAUAUAUAUAUGGAUGCAUGUAUACAUGUAUGUAAAUUACAGCAUACAAACUAUAUAUACACUACAUGAUACGUAUCUAGACGUUUCAUCGUUGGAAAUGUGCAGAAAAGAAACAAUUGAAUACUUGUGCUAAAACUCGCUUUUAUUUUACUGUACUUCUAACAUCAAACACACAAAGAUGCUAUAAAAACCAUUUAAUAUAAAAUAUAAAUCGAUUGGUCAUUGUAUAAUGUAACUUAAUACAGAUUAUGAACAAAGAUUGUAAACAAGUAAAGUUUAGAAAUCACGAAUAUAUCACUUAAUCUAAACAUUCUAUAAAGAUUUUAUUACAUAUUUUAUUCAAAAUGCAUAUUUAUACAGUAAUAAUGAUACCAUUUACUUCUUCAUUAAAACAUUUACAAACUUAAAAUACUGUACAAAGAAAAAGUUGUAAUUUUGUAAUACAGUGAUAGAUAUCACCACAAAUAUAAAAAAACGUAGUUUACAAAUGUUGCCAUGAUUCAUUAGAAGUUGUUACUCUUGUCAUUUAUAAAAGAAUUAUUUAUUUUCACUUGUGGUUCUUCUGUAUCAGAAAAAAUAAAGUUGCAUCCAGUAUA